CUCACCUCCACUCUCAUACUGCCUCGAUCCCUCCUCCUCAUUUCUCAAGAAAUCACUUCCCCUCACUCCGCAAUAAUCGCAGUCCAGUCCUACGCGUGCGCCCAAGCCCAGAGGCUUCGAAUACGAUGGACAUAUCGCCUUCGUCCAGUGCUGGAGGUAGACUGAAGCGGAAACAGUCUGGCAAUAAGUCGAAGACUUUACCGUGCCCGCACUGUCAACGACUCUUCGCUCGACUGGAACACCUUCAGAGACACAUUCGAACCCACACCAAAGAAAAGCCUUUCGUCUGCGAGAUCUGUUCAAAAUCCUUCGCGCGAAGCGACCUUCUCGUGCGCCAUGAAAGACUCGUCCACCCUGGUGAAGAAGAGCAGCAUACCACGCGGAAGUCUCACAAGCAUCAUCUCAUAAAUGCCAACAAUGCCGCCAAAGCUGCGGCUCAAGCCGUUCAGCAGGCCCAGCAGGCGCAGUCUGUCUCUUCUGAUCCGAUCGAAAUGGCUCCGCAGCAGAACCAACCUCUGCUCUCACCACAUGCUACAGAGGGAAGGGGGAUGAUGGACAUGCUAGAUCCUCAGCUGAUGCAACCGGCAAAUGGCAUGCACUCGGUUGAUGGCAUCUCAUCGCACCAACAGCUGGGUGCUCCGCCACUUGAUCCGUCCUGGGGUUAUGACCUGAACCUGCUAUCGCAUGCCGCUAGUCAUGUAGCUUCCAGCGGCCAAGAUCAUUUCAUGUCGGGCAUGCAGACAUCUGCACAAGAACCUCUCCACGAACCACUACAGCAGAUCAUGCCUCCUGUCUCGGAAGGACAGUACCAGCCACGUAUGCUGACAGAAGGUUACGGCCAGCCAACCUCAAUGUUUGAGCCUCCAGAUCUAGGCGACCCAAUGCAAGACUUUACCGUCUUCCUCGACAGUGUGGGCCUGUCGUCGGAAUGGUAUGCUAGCAUGUUCGGUGAUCAGGCUGACAACUACCAUUCACCCGAAAUUCCACGCGAUCAUCUCAACAUAUCUAGACCUAAUCUGAAUGGUGAGCCUCCCAUCGACAGCAAACUUAGCCUGCCCCAAGAUGAAUUGAGCACUUUCUCCCGUUUUGGUUCGAGGUUGCCAUCCCUUCAGCCAGAGUCUAAAGAGCCUGAUUCGCAUCGACCAGAGCCGCGAAGUUCAAUCGAAGAAGCCGAGGCGACCAAAACCAAAGCGACUUGGGACAUCUCCGAUUUUGAUCGAUCGGCUUUUGUCUCCAAACUGGCUGGCUUUGACAGUGUCAUGCCCAAAGGCUUCAUCCCUCCCUCCAGACAUUCUCUCUCGCGUUACCUUGCCGGAUAUGUGAACGGCUUCCACGAACAUUUACCUUUCAUCCAUGUCCCGACGCUGCAAGUAGCUGGCAGUGCUCCAGAAUUGAUCCUAGCUUUGGCCGCCGUAGGCGCCCAGUAUCGCUUCGAGAAUAGCCGAGGCAUAGAGCUCUUUUACGCCGCGAAGGCUGUUGUUCUCGAACAAGUGCGGCGGCGAGACGAUUCAGCGAGCUCUCAUCUAUGGAAUAGGCCACGGACCGGAUCUAUGGCCCAGUCCCCUGGUGGAGGCUUCACGGCACAGAGCCAUUCCAGCAGUCCUUUCCAGAACGUGACACCUGGGUCUCCUUUCAUCACCGAUGGCAAAGAGCAAAUGGAGUCUAUACAGGCGCUGUUAUUGUUGACCGCCUUUGCGACUUGGGAACGGCACACCGAGCUUCUCAGAGAAGCUCUCGCCUUCCAGAGCACUUUGGCUCGUUUGGUCCGUGAGUCCGGACUUGCAAGCCCCGAGAUCGUGCAAUCUCCUGAAGAUCUUACUUGGGAAGAAUGGAUCAAGAUUGAAGGCGACAAGAGGACGAAGCUUAUCGUCUAUUGCUUCUUCAACUUGCACUCAAUAACAUGGAACGUGCCGCCUCUCAUUCUCAACUCCGAGAUCAAGCUCAACCUGCCCGACCCUGCCAAUGAAUGGAAAGCUGCCUCGGUCGAGCAGUGGAAGAAGCUACGAACUGACAACAAUGCUGUCGAAGUACCAUUCCAAGCAGCUCUCACUCGACUAUUCAGUACUCAAUCUCCAGGCCCCAUUACUCCCAUAUCUCCACUUGGAAAUUACGUUCUUGUCCAUGCCCUCAUCCAGCAGAUUUUCUUCGCUCGGCAACUUUCACUCGCUUGGCCUGGCGUGGCCGGUUCAAGCCUACGUGUCGAAGACAUCGCCGUCCUCGAUCGAGGCUUGCGGGCGUGGAAGGCAGGCUGGAAACGGACGCCCGAGUCCAGUUUAGAUCCGCAAAAUCCCAACGGCCCUGUUGCUUUCACCUCUACGGCCCUCCUUGGUCUAGCAUAUAUCCGAUUACACGUGGACAUGGGUCCUCUCCGCCACCUUGAAACGAGAGACGCCACCCAAAUCGCCACGGCUCUCCUCAACACACCCGAUAUCCGUCGCGACCCUCGCCUGACCCCUGCCCUCUUGCAUUCCGCCCACGCCCUUUCGAUCCCGGUCCGUCUGGGCAUCGACUUUGUCGCUCGCACGCAGACAUUCUUCUGGUCGAUCCAACAUUCCCUGUGCAGUCUCGAAUGUGCGUUCCUCUUGAGCAAGUGGCUGGCCGUCCUGUCCAGACUAAAGUCCGAAGGCGGCGCUCCCGUCACGGAGCACGAACGGAAACUGCUCCUGUGGGUGCGCAGCCUUCUCGACGAGACGGAGAUGACUGUUCAACUCGACGGCAACGCCAACGACCACACGGUGCUGAACGAAAGUCGGGCCCUGCUCGACGACACCCACAAGAUGUGCACUUUGAGCGUCGCGGUCGUGCGGGUGUGGAGCAAGACCUUCAAGGGCAACACGAGCUGGGCGAUUGUGGACAUGAUAGGGUCCGCGUUGGAGUUGUACGCGGACAUGUUGGAGCAGGAGAUGUUUGGGCGGAUCUGAUUGGUUUUGUUCUGAUGACGUUUCAUGAUGAUCCAUGACGGGUCAUGGUUUCACAAGGUCCAGAUCCGAGGGAUUGUCAUUGUUUGAUGAGGAAGCAUGGCAGGGUCACGUCCAUGGUCCAUCGAGUGCGAAUGAAUGUUUGUCACCGAUAAAGGGUCAAAAAGAAACGCCAAAUGAACGCAUUUGAGAAAAGUAGCGACGAUCACGCAAAUGGGGACGGGAGGCUUUUGAAGGGGGGAGCCUCGAAAGAGAACAAAGCGAAGGAAAACACGAUGCAACAUUUGCUUCCCCCCCCUGGCCCCCGUUUUUCGUUUCUCCCACUUGUACGGGUGCAGGUUGCAAGGGUACGUUACGGGAAUGUCUGCGACGGCCUUGUCCUCCGUCGUCGUCAUCAUUACUACCACCACCACCGUAACCGUUACGAUGUCGAGGUUUGUUUUCUCUCGAUGUAGACUUGUCACGUUUUCAUGUCGAUAAAUUAUCAUCAUUACAC